GCUGGACUGACAAAGGCCAUUGUCAAUACACUUUGGGCUGUGCUGGUCUUGCACCAACCCAAUUCUGCCCGCGUGCGGAGUUAUCUCUGCAGCCAAACUCUCUGUGUGCCGCGUCGCGUUGCUUGCUCACCCGUUUUCUUCCGGCCAUAGUUCAGACUUCAGAGUCUUCAGAGUACAGAUGCCCCAAGGAGUUUGAACUAUCAGAAGAAAUCUCAAAGGACUUUCAUUUCAUUAAGGAUGAAAUUCACGGACUCGCCAGUGAUCGAACUCCCGGUGCGCGAUGCUGUCCUCUCCAUCCAACAAGACAAUGGUUCGAUGCACGUAGGCACCUCCGUCUGGCCUUGCUCCCUUGUCCUCGUCAAAUUCGUCGAGCGCUGGUUGCUAACCCCCAGCUCGUCUUCUUCCGCACCUAACCCCUACACCCACCUCCUCAGCUUUUCCGGUAAGCGAGCCAUCGAGCUCGGCACCGGCUGCGGCCCCGCCGGCAUGGGUCUCUCCUUACUUGGCCUCGAAAUCGUCCUCACAGACAUAGCUCCAGUCAUGCCGGCUCUCAAACGAAACCUCAAGCGCAAUAAACCCACGCUUGGGAAAACCCUUAAGACCGCUCAGCUCUACUGGAACAACUCUGACCAGAUCAAAUCCUUAAACCCUCCUUUCGAUUUCGUCAUCGCGGCAGAUGUUGUUUAUAUCGAAGAGUCUGUUCCCCAACUUAUUUCUGCCAUGGAAUCUCUUGUUGGGGAUUCUGGCGUCAUUCUGCUUGGUUACCAAUUGAGGUCGCCAGAAGCUCACAGCUUGUUCUGGGAGAUCUGUGAGAGAACUUUCAAGAUUGAAAAGGUCCCUCACGAGCAUUUGCAUCCGGAGUAUGCUUACGAGGAGACGGAUGUGUAUAUAAUGAGGAAGAAAUAAAUAAAUAAACAAUACAGAAGGAAUUCUCUGGUCGUCUCAGGUGCAACUUUUUGUCAUUAAUUCCGGUUUCCUUGGAUGUCUCCGAAUUUACUUAAUUUUAUCUAUAAACUCAAGGAUAGCAGAUCAGAAACUGUGAGACAAUUGGAAUUUUUCCACAUUAUUUUCUGUAUGGUAUUGUCUAUCGUACACUUUUUUUUAUACAUUGUUAUAUCUUGGAUUAUGUUCUAUAUGAGCGUAAUGGAUCUUUUUCAAUGUUACUAAGUUGCUACACAA